AUGGAUCUUGCCAAUCUCCUCCUCUUGUUGCUUCUUCUCAUGUUUGCUUCCACCAUAAACGCCCAAUUCCCGGUGACCUACUGUGGUUCGACCGGCAACUUCACUGCCAACAGCACCUACCAAACCACCCUCACCACCCUCCUCUCCUCCAUCUCCACCACCAACUCCUUGUCCCUCUCCUACGGCUUUUUCAAUGCCUCUGCUGCCAUCUCCGGCACCUCCCAAACCCUCUAUGUCUUUGGCCUCUGCCGCGGUGACUUAACCACCAAAACCUGCCGCGCCUGCCUCAAUGUCUUGGCCUCUGACAUGCGCCACCUCUGCCCCCUACAAAAGGAGGCACGCCUCUACAGCGGGAACUGCACCAUUCGGUACUCGGACGCCUCGUUCUUCGGUGUAGUCCUGACAGAACCACCCUACACGGUAGCCACCGGUGUUGUCCGGAGAUCAGACACAUACGGCGCAGCAAUGAAGAAGCUCCUGAACGGUCUGCCGGCUGAGGCAGCGCGUGGUGGCUCAUUGAGAAAGUACGCAUCAGGGAACGAAUCAGUGGGGCCUGACAUGAUCUAUGCGUUGGUGCAGUGCACACCAGACUUGACGGAGCAGCAAUGCAGCGACUGCUUGGUUGUAGUCGCCCAGGAGAUCAGGUACUGCUGUCUCGGGUCCACAGAAGGACGGUACAUGGUGCCAAGUUGCCUAAUCCUGUACGAGACCAAUAAUCGGUUCUUCGACCCAACAAGUGAGCCACCUCCGCUGCCUCCGCCACCACCAUCGCAGGAGGGAUAUGCAAUGCCUCCACCACCAGUGGGAAAGAGUAAUUCGACGAGGACUGUGAUCAUUGUGGUCAUCACAAGUAUUUCUGCGCUACUUGUCAUCAGCAUUGUCAUCGUGCUCCUGAAUAUGAAAAGGAAGAAGAAGCAGCCCAGAGAAAUUGUUGAAGGUGAAGUUGUGCAUGAAAUUAGCACGGAAAUUAGCACGGUCGAGUCACUGCAAUUUGAUUUCAGCGUUAUCAGAGUGGCAACGGAUAACUUCUCUGAUUCCAAGAAGCUUGGACAAGGCGGUUUUGGUGUUGUCUACAUGGGACAGCUCUCCAACGGACAAGAAAUGGCGGUGAAACGGCUAUCGCAGAAUUCCAGCCAAGGGGAAGUUGAGUUCAAGAAUGAGUUCAUGUUACUAGCUAAGCUACACCAUAGGAACUUGGUCAAACUCCUAGGUUUCUGUCUGGAAGGAGUUGAACGGCUUCUCAUUUACGAGUUUGUGCCCAAUUCGAGCCUCGAUCAGUUCAUAUUUGAUCCCUUGAAGCGUGCGAAUCUCAACUGGGACAUGCGUCACAAGAUAAUAAUGGGCGUUGCCCGAGGGAUGCUUUAUCUGCACGAAGACUCUCGACUUCGUAUUAUCCAUCGGGACCUCAAAGCCAGCAACGUUUUGUUAGACUCAAAAAUGAAUCCAAAGAUAUCGGAUUUUGGUAUGGCGAGGCUGUUCGAGUUGGAUCAAACUCAGGCCAAGACAAAACGAAUCGUGGGGACCUAUGGAUAUAUGGCGCCAGAAUAUGCGAUGCACGGAACUUUCUCAAUCAAGUCAGAUGUGUUCAGUUUUGGAGUGCUACUUUUGGAGAUUGUGAGUGGUCAAAGGAACGCUCUUUUCCGCAUGGGUGAUGACACGGAAGUCCUUAUAAGCUAUGUCUGGAAGAAUUGGAGGGAAGGAUCAUUAUCAAACAUUAUCGAUCCCUCUAUAACUUCUGGUUCAAGUAUUGAAAUUGCGAGGUGCAUCCACAUUGGUCUACUAUGUGUCCAAGAAAAUAUGAUUAGCCGGCCAACAAUGGCCUCGGUCCUUCUCAUGCUUAAAAGCCACUCGGUCACUCUCCGAGUGCCAUCAAGACCCGCAUUCUACAUACACAGCGGUGUCGAAUCUAAUAUGCCAUCCAUAAGCAAAUCGAACCAGUUCUCGAAAAAUGAGGUCUCUAUGACUGAGCUGUACCCACGGUAG